GAUUUGUAAAGGAUCGAUUCUCAAUCUGCGACCCAACCGAUUAAUUGAUUCCUCAGGCAUUGCUGUAAUGUAUGUCAAUAAGCACAUUUUUCGUUCACUUCAUCUUUUUUUCCAGAGCAUUAUGGAAGUCACGCAACUCCAUACUAGGAAAAAAAACCUGUGGUUAACAUGAACAGUAAUAUAAAUAUAAUUAACUUGUAAUAAUUUAAUAUUAUAUCUGACCGGAAAUGGCUACAGAAGACGUCAUCCUUCACAACAAUAUUACUGUACGACUUCUUUCCUUACCGAAGAUGGCCGCCGUUACGCACCGUUUGUCGUCACAUCACGCGAUUGCGUCCAAUCGCGCGCCAGGAUUGCCGGACAUUGACCAAUGGGCGAGCACGCGCUUUUGGCGGGAACCGCGCGCUCGUGAAGCCACGCGGCUGGCGGGGCGUGUCUACGCAUGCGCACUACCGCUAUUGCAAAGUUAGCGCCAACUUGACGCGGCGGUGAUGGAGGAGGAGGCGGCGCGGGGCCGCCGUUAAUAAGCGGCCGUGUUAUCAAGGUCUUUGCAACGACAACAGCAGCGGCAGUAGCGAGGGUGGGAGUGCAGCCAGAGAGAGGGGACGACGAUUCCUUGCGUGCUUCGUGCUCGCCUCAGCCCCCAGCCUUGCCGGCGCGGCCUCCGCAUCUGACGGGAGGCCUAGCGCAGGCUUCCCUGCGGGGAGCUCCAGGCAAGACCGAGGACCCCGCAGGGCCUUGUUUUGUCGCUGCGCCUCGGGACGCCAUGGCGACGCAGGCGGCGAGUAGCGGCAGCGACAGCAGCAGCGGCUGAGUGGCGACCGCUCCGCCGCGUUUCUCGGCCGCUGCGUCUUUUGUUGAGUUAGGGAGCGCGGAGUGAACCCAAACGCAAGUGCAACGCCAGCGCAGGGACUGAGCAGAGGAGGCGCUUGCAGAUUGUUUAUCGGCCGCGGCGAGGAGGGAGGCCACGAUGAUGGAGAAGAUCGUGUACGACCUCGACACGUCGGGAGGGCUCAUGGAGCAAAUCCAAGCGCUGGUGGCACCUCCUAAGAGCGACGAGGAGCACGGCGGGGGCGGCGUGAGUGCCGCCUCGCUCGCUGCCUCACGGAGGCACGAGCGGGAUGCGGCACGACGCACCGGCCGUGCCAACAACCAUGACACCUGCGACAGCUGCCGCGAGGGCGGAGACCUCCUGUGCUGCGACCACUGCCCCGCAUCCUUCCACCUGCAGUGCUGUGACCCACCGCUCAGUGCCGAGAUGCUGCCGUCUGGAGAGUGGAUGUGCCACCGCUGCACCAUGAGGAGAACAAAGAAGGAGGGCAAGUUCAAACCGGGCGGCAAGAGCUGGCUCAUCAACGGCCUCCUGGAAAAGCACUGCAGCAAGCGCCCCUCCGUGCUGCUCACGCCCGUCGACGCCGAGCUCGAGAACGUUAAGCUGCAGGCUCUCCACUCAGCGCGCGCAACGGCAGUAGCCACCACCACCGCCAUGCCCAAGUGGGAAACCUAUGCCGCUCCCACCACCACUGCCGUCGCCAUCUCCGCCGCCUUCGCCGCCGUGUCGCGGCCGCUCUGCGAGCAGCAUAAGCCUGGCGGGCCUUCCUCCUCUUUCACCGAAGCUGGCGGCCACAGGGUGGCGGUCUGCGUCGACAGCAAGCGGGAGGGCUCUAAUUGCACGGCCAAGCCGGGUCUCCGAGCAAACUCGCAGGACGGCGAUGACUUUGCCGCUAUCUCGGCGACAGUAGCGUCGUCGCCGCCCAUCGCGGGGCCUUCGGAGGCGCGGGAUGGGGCAACUGCAGCUGUGGCUGCCCCGACGGUUUCUGUGGCCCCGGCGACUUCAGCUGCAGCCCGACCCCUGACCCCAGCGACGUCCAAGUCGGGCAGCAGCACGCCCACGACGGUGGAGGUGGACGACGGGGACUCGAUCGCGGGAGACGAGGGCAGCGGAGACGACGGAAACGGUGGGACGACGACGAUGCUGAUGGGACAGCUGGAUGAGGAUGGAACCAGGAUGAGCGGUGCCACGUCGAGCAGGGGGAUGGCCGCGACCGCGGCGCCACCCCUCUCCGCCGCGUCGGCUGUGACAACGGCCGUGACGACGCCGGCGGUGGUAAUGACGGUGACGAGGCAAAGAAACCCGUUUGAGAUGCUGGUGGUGGCCGCCACAGAGAGGAACCCGACGCAGUUCCAGUUGCCAUACGAGCUCACUUGCAGCACGCCCUUGCCUGGGACGAGUAAGAAGCGUCGGAAGGAGGAAGCGGGCGGGAAGCACGCACGGCGGUCGCCACACGAGCUGGACACCCACGGUCUGGUGCCUCUGCCGGCGCGACUCUGCUACCUGUGCAGCAGGAGCUGCCGGGUGGCUCCGCUGGUGCAGUGCGACUACUGCGCGCUGCUCUUCCACCAAGACUGCCUAGACCCGCCACUCACCUCGAUGCCCACGGGAAGGUGGAUGUGUCCCAACCACCCCGAGAGCCGGCCGCUGAGCGGGGUGGCGUUGCCCCUGAGUGGGCGCUGCCAGCUCUUCUCGCGGUUUCAGGGCCCCGUGCAGCAGCACACGGUCUCCCUGGGCUUCCUGCGCCGCGUGCACCGCAAGCGCCCACCCAACCGCUCCCCCGCUUCCACCACCGCCACGAUCGCCUCCACGCUCGCCCGCAAGGCCCUCAAGGUUCCGGCUGCCAUCAAAGCUCAUUACGAGCACCGCCCUCCGCUGGGGCCGCCCGCGGGCGUGCGGCAGUGCCAGCUCGUGUGCACGGAGCCGGAGCCGCCCAGUGCCGGGCCUCGCCUCGCUGCUGACCGCGAGCAGGAGGAGUGGCUGCGGAAUGUGCUGGCGCUGCAGUCUAGCAUCGCGCGGCACCUCGCCGCAAAGCAAGCGCCCUCAGCCGUACCCCAUUCGGCGUGCGGCCCGAAUGAGGGAUUGUCGAAGCUCGCGACCUCUGACCCGGCCCUCCCUCGCCUCCACGUGGCCGGUCCCCUUCGGAGCAGAGUGGCGCCGGAAUCAUUGUCAUCAACAUCAUCAUCGCCGCCUUCGGUCACGGACGUGAAACUCCCUUCACUUCUUUCUAGCGACAUGAAGGUGAAGGGAGAGACGGAGCAGGGCCACAGUCCCUCGAGGUCCAAUGGCCCUUCGCUAGGCAGCAAGGAUAGCGGUAGCGGCGGCGCUGGUUGUGACGUGGCUGAAAUGGAUGCGAUGGACUCGUGUUGCGAGUCGUCGGAUUUGGCACAGCACCGAGACCUGGCCGGCCAAACGAAGGCAUGUGGCCUAGGGGUGGAGGGUGGCUGCGGUGUCGUGAAUCACCUUGCGCAUGCAGCGCAUGCGCCGCAAGCACGGUACGGUAGUGCGACGACAGUAGUGCUGGUGGGGGAGAAGGGUGACCGGCGCACUCUCCUACCCGACGGACCCAAGGUGGAACCGGGAGCCCCAGGAGGGACUGGGCCACUUGGGGACCCAACGGGGAGUGGCGAUGCAGCCACGACAGCGCUGACGGCGACAGCGGCCGCCCUUUGCCACCUCAACGCGUCGCUGUUGGCACUUAUGGACGGCAAGACAGGACCCCACUUGCCGGACCUGGAUGAGCGGCUGGUGAGGGUGCUUGCCUGGCAGAGGAUACAGCAGAUUCUGAGCGGUCGCUCCACGCCGCCUGUCAUGACCACCGCCGCCGUUGCUACCGCCACUGUCCCCGCCAUCCCCCGGGCGUCGGACGAUCUCAAGCCCGCGCCGAGCCUCCUAUUCAAGACCCCGGCACUACCCGCGCCAACCGCGAGGAUUGCCGCCCCGGAGGCAGAAGCCGCAGGACCGGCGUUGACGGAGGUGCGAGCACGCGCAGUGCUGAGCUCCGUGGACGGGCGAGGGGAGCCGGUUCGAAUGCGCUACAGGGCCCUGUACAUCGGCACAGGUGCCGACAUGGAUCUCUGCCUGACCAAGUUUGGCCACUGCAAUUACGUUUCUGGAAAGCACGCCUGCAUCUUUUUCGAUGAGAGCACGAGCCAGUAUGAGCUGCUCAACUACAGCGAGCACGGCACGCGUGUGGACGGGGCGCUCUACGGCUGCUCGCUGCUCGAGCCGCGCGGGCCCCCCACGCUGCCCCCCAGCCCGCUCGUGGCGCGAGUUCGCAGCAUCAUCCGCAACAACAAGAAGCCAACAUCCGAGAUCCGCACGAGUGAGGCCGCCGACCUGGGCGUCAUGAGCGCCGACGACUUGCGUCCUUCCGCCGCCAAUCCUUGUGGCUGCUCUCCCCGGCUCGCGCAUCCUCACCCCUGCGGCGGUUGCGACGGCGGCGUCCAACGCUGCCCAUCGAGCGCCGGCCAACGCAGCCCAUCGAGCGCCGGCCGUCCGCCACUUGCCGGCUGGGAGGGGACAGCGCUGCUGAGGCACGGCAGCGACGUGCAGCUGGGCUGCCUGCGCUUCGUGUUCAGCGUGGCCGAGUUCGCUCCUCUUGUCGCCUCCGAGUCGACCGCGCGGAUUGACGCGCGGUCGACUGACGGCACGGCCGCCGUGACAACAGCGACCGCCGGCGCAGCACAGUGUGGAAGUGCGGGGGCGCAGCACAGGACGCUUGGCGGCGGCUUGGACAAGCAGUCGUCCGUGUCGAGGUCCUUCUCCGUUCCCUGAGCACGCCAGUUCCCCCCCCCCCCCCCCAUUACAUUUUUUUUAUUUUGUUUUGGUGGCGUUUUGUAUUGAAUCAUGAUGCCGUUUGUGUGAUCGACCGAGCGACACGCUGGGCCACUGUGCAGUUGCGCAGGAGAGGAGGGCACUUUCGCACGUCCUGUGCCGGGGAUUUAUAGAAAGGAGAGGGGACGGCGCUGCAGGCGUCAGACCCACCUGGCUGCGAACGAGUAGCGCGCACACGCACACGUAUAUAUAGGCACAUGCGUUAGUAAAGUUGUUUGUACGCCUUUGUAUCGUUAUUAUUGUCUUCAGUAAUAUUGUAAUAAUGAUAAUACGACUUUUUACAUUUCUAGUAUCGUCGACGAGCCUGUAUGUUAUUAGCGCCGAGUAGGCAGAAGAUACCAGCUAAUGUAUUUUUGUCUUUCCUGUGCUGUGCAUUGAUGAUUGUAUUUGAGUUUUGUGAUGAAACAUUUUUUUUAUAUAUAUACCAACUGUACUUUUGCCUUCCGGGGAGGGGGAAGUUAAGAGCGCAAACUUUCACUGCCGUCUGACCCCACCUUUGACCUCCCUCUUCACCCUUGACCUCUUCCCCCGACCCACUCUCAGCCUCCCGUCACAGGAAGCUGUUGCUUCAUGACAAUAACAAAGCACGCACCCGCGCUAUUUACGCGUCCUGAGUUUCGUUUUAUAAUGUAUUAAAGACUUUUUUUAUUUUAUUUUAAUACUUGAUGAAGCUGCCGUCUGGGUGCUAGCAUUGUCACUGGGGCUGCUGGCGUGCUCGUGUGUGUGUGUGUACUUGCUCGGUAUCAUCUCGCAAAAGCCGAGGGGAUCCUUUGGAUGAGAACGAGUGCUCCGUGUCGGAUGAGAUGAGGGUUGUAUAUGAGAUGAGAUGCGGGUUGGAUGCUAUGAGGAUCAACCGAAUGAGACGAGGGAUGUGUCAUGACAGGUUUUUCUUUUAUCAGACAGUGUUCUGUAUCGGAUGCAAUGAGAGAGUUCUUUAUUGCAUGAAACGUGUCCAGUCCAACUUCACAUGUCCGUCUUGCUGGGGACUGAGGUGUAGAUGGAUAGGCCGGUUUCGUAGAAAUCUAUAUAAAAUGACGGGCACAAAAUACUGCACUGGGUGUGCACGGUUAAUUGGUCAGGGUGUAUGUGACAGAUGUGGAUGUACUGUCGUAUGUUGGAGGUGAGUCCUGUAUUGGAUGGGAUGAGGUUUAUGUACGAGAUGAUUCUGUAUUGAAUUGGAUCCGGUUUCCCGAGAUGAGAUUAGGGUUCUGUAUUGGAUGAGAUGAGGGUAAUGUAUUGGAUUAUGCAUCCGAUGAGACGAGUUUUGUACCAGACGAGAUGGUGAACAUAACAUUUACAAACUUCUAAGAAUGCAAACGACUACUCGUGCACGGGUCGUUCAUUGAGAAUCGGAGGUGGGAUUGGUGGAUCAUGCAGUGAUUGGAUUAGUGAACUGACUCCAGAAACGAUAUACCCUUCCAAAUGAGCAAUGAGGUGGUGUUUGCAUGAGAUAGUACAGCAAGUAGGUUUACAAUAAGAUACUGAGCGCUUGAGUUUUUAUCGCACUUUAAGAUUCUUGUCACAUACAACUGGGGUGGUGCAGUGCGUUGAGGGCUAAUAUCAGUGGCGAAUAAUAUCUGAACCGGUCCAAGGCACCCCCACCAAUCCACACUGGCCAGAGUGGGGAAGUAAGGCCAAACAAUCAUGACCGAGUGAUCGUGGGUAGGCAUUCAUCCAAUAGUACAUUGACAUAGGAGUGGAACGUAUUUAUUUAACGGUCUAAAAUGCAACCAUUACAAGUCAUUUGAAAACUACGGCAAACAUCCCAAGCAAGAAUUCUGAAUUAUCCUUGACGACUGAUGUGGUUAAUUCAAUGUCUCACAUCACGGUAACACCGUCACAGUGGUGGAGCUGUCGAGUGUGCAGGCGAUACAAUUGCACCGAGGUCCAGGCACCCGGGCUAUGAAGAGGGGAAUACAUUGGACAGGCCCAACGCUGCUCAUUUAUUGCAAUGUGCAUAUUUUAAUAAUAGUAAUCGGCCUCUCCGCAAGGAUGCCUCUCCUGACGUUCAAGAUUUUUAUCGAGAUGCAUGUUUUGUCGGAUGUGCCACGGGAGGUCGUAGAUUCGAUCUGACCCUGACGCCUGUAUAUUUGGAGUUUGCAGGUCUCCUCGUGGUCGCGUGGAUUUUUCUCCCGAGUCCUCUGGGUUUUCCCUCCACAUUUAGAAACAUGCAUUUAGAGUAUUUGGCUGCUAUACGUUUCCACAUGAUGACCCACUUCGUUGAGCUAUCAUUUGUGGCCAUGUAUCUUCUGAAAAAGAGCUAUAUAGCUCGGUGGGCCUUACCUGGUGAAAUAAAUAUAGUUGAGUUUUCUCUGUACGCGCUUGGGAAGACACGAGUGGGGAUAACGGAGACGACGGUAAAAAUGCAUGCAGGCGCUCAAUCGCAGCUAUUCGAAUAGGUCAACCCACUCGCUGUACUGCCUUCUGCUGGUACCCCAGUGGCCCACCCCCAUAGUUGGGUGUCUCGCGCACACGAUCUGCCAACCGCGUGUCCAGGAUCGGUUUACAAGAUCAUGAAAGAGAUGUGCACGGUCUCGCUCCUUUUCAUGGAACUCACUUUUUUUUUAAACGCUCACAAUCUCCAUAUCAUUUCGGUGAGGUUUUUUGUUAAAGCGUCGCGUUUCUGGUUGCGUACGACCGAUAAUUUACCUGCACGUGUGUCCUCGAAAUAAUAUUGGCGCUUGCAUCCUGGCGUGCGCGCGUAAUGGAGUUUUGAGUGGGUUGGGGGGGUGGGAAUGAAUAUCGCAAUUGUGAAGCAAACAAAAAUGAAGAGCGUACAAAGCAAUUCUGUCUAUGUUAUCCACAUCUCCAUGAGGCGCAGAGAAACAUCGCGCGCCGGUGGGGAUCCCGGUUGAAAUAACGCGCCGCGCGGUAACUACUGCAGCUUCGGCUUGCGGUUUCUGGUGGUUUAAGUGGUGUUUUGACCUUGCGUUAAUAUUUCCUUUUUAUGUUUUUGUAUAACGUGAAGAGCAAUAUAAAUAAUACAGGCUUGUAAAUAUGCUACAUUUUUGUCGCUGUGGAAACAAUAGCGAUUCGUUUAAGAAAACCGAUAUUUACUAGCCCGGUAUUUCUUGGACACUUUGUGAAUACCCCCCCACUCCACCCACUUACCACCCGCAAAGGUGACAUUCUCUGAGCCACAUCAAUCCUCGGUUAUGCCGCUCAAUGAGCCCCAUCAUUCCUUCGAUGUCUGUAAAAUUAGUAACAUUUUAUGGGAAGUCAGCAUCGAUUGUGUUGUAGAGCAAUUGACCCACCCCCUCCACCUCAGAGUUUCCACAACUGAUUCUGGGCCACCAAUGGGGAAGGAAUGCUGACUCGGAGAUUAUUUUCACAUGCAGGCACUUUUGGGUGGACAUUUGACAGUGGGGAAAAAAACACUUGAGCACCACAGUUGAUACUUUGGUCGUAAUCUAGAUUUGAAGUUUUCGUGACUGCAGCGAUCCUUUGGUCGUACACUCUUUUUUUUUCCAGCUUUUAAUUGGUGCAGGGAAAUGGCCAAAUUUCCGCUAUACUCUCGAUUUCCUGUGUGCCCACCUGAACAAUGCUCUCUCUGCUAACACAUCACUCAAACUCCGUUUAGUGGUUUUUAUAUGCAACCAAAUGCGGAUAUGAACAUAACCCGUCAGCUCGCGCUGCCAGAUGACAGUGUUAACAUGUGACAUUGUUUUACGUUUCUAGCCACCUGUAGUCACCGCGUACUUGAGACUGAAGCCUCCCCACACCCAGUAGCAGUCCGCACGCAUAGCAGCAGCUCAAGAGACAAUGCAAAAGGGACGAUGGAGGGAGCUGUCAGUGUGGAGGGCCUCCCAAACUCCAGCCCUCGCCGGUCUGGUCCCAACCACAGCCCGGCUUACCGUGUUUACAAUUAUUCGCCGUUUGCGGUGCAAAAUUCGUUUCCGUGAAUAUGGAAAGUAAACGGGAGCGGUGCGGGUCGUAGUGGGCUGGAGUUUGAGACGCCCUAUUUUUCGGGCCAAAGACCUCGCAGCUCCUUUACACUUUCGUGUGUCAUUUCAUUUCUGUCUUGUGGCCACAUGGUGAAUUAAUGGACCCAAAGGGUCUGGCAUAUGAGAUUGUCUUCUCUUACUUUGUUUAAUGUUAUAUUAUUAUUUUUUAAUAAUAGUGAUGAUAAUUACUACGUUGUCGUGGUUGCACCAUUUUAUACGUAUUAUGUGCUCUUGUUGUUUGUGUGGGUUUUUUUGUUAAAGCUAUUGCUAUUAUUAAGGGUUUUUAAACGAUGGUCGUGGAAAGACUCCCAGCAGAAGCGUCGCGUCGUGCAGUGGUUGUCCAGUGUAGCUCGUGUGUGUGUGUGUGCGCGCGCCUUGCCGUGUGCACUACUGGCGUAUGUGUUGUACAUAUGUACAUGUGUACAUACAGGACGUGUUUUGUACACGUACAAUCAUGUGGCGUGUGGAUUGUAGUAUUAUGACCACAUUCGUUGUUAUUAUGAUCAUCAGCAUCAGGGCUUAAUUUCUCAUGGCCCCCAAACCCCCUCGGACACCCCCCUCCCCCUAAUUUCUGGAGCCGAGCCCUAGACAUCACCGGCUGAAAUUAAGCCCUGAUCACCACCAUCUGUGGCUGGCUUUUUCCGUUCAAAAGUAGAUAAUGCAUUUUGAAUACACAACUUUGAGUGGGAUUUCUGAUGCGAUCGAACGAUUUUUAAGCCAGCCCCCCCUCCCCCCCCCGCAAUACACACACGUGUACAUAUGCCAACAUACGUGCUGCACGCGUUUAUAUACGUGUGUGUAUGCGUAUUAAUACACAGGAGGGUCUAUGCACUUUAUAGAGUGUUUAGUGCGUAUGCAAUACAUAUACAGAUUAAGUUACCAGUUCGAACAAACGGGGGGAAGGUCUUGUGUUCAAGGUCAAAUCCCAACUGGGGGUUGACUUAGCCCAUGAUUCCUCCGAUGUCGAUAAAAUUAGUACCACUUUUUGGCUCAGGUCCGCUGAUUGAGACGAGCACCAAUUAAUGCCGUCGCAAUCAUGGAGGCACUUUGACCUAUUUAAAAACAUUUAAUUCAAAUCUGUCUCGUAAAGGGAAUAACUGAAGUUUGUGAACAACAGGUCUCGACGUUGACGAAUUAAUUGAAUUCCUGUUUUGUAAAAGCACAUGUUUACCCUUUUAAAAUUACCUUGCAUCAUUAAUCCGCACUGAUCGGCUGGCGUGGUGAAGUAUGGUCAAACAAAUCGCCCGAUCAUCUACGAACCACACACGGCAUGGGGGCAGGAGUCUCGUCAUCCAGAAGUGGAUUUAUCAAGAGGUUUAACUUAUUGUCGUGACAGUGACCAACGAUGUAGUAGCAAGAGUUCACCUUAACUUACCUAUGUAUAUGUGUGCACACGCACUGUCGCGUUGCGUACGUGGGUGGUCCUGCACGCUAGGGUGGUCGCGAUCUGGCGAUUGUCCAGGAUAAUGUAUCUCUCGAUUUACCUAAAUAUCCCUGGUUACUUUUUAUAUCUCAUUCUCCGAUAAGAAUAGUUGUGAAAUCACAAACAGUAAUUACAUUUUUAAAUAAAUCGCAAUGUCCCAAUGAACCUGGUUGUUUCCUGCACGGACAACUUAAAGUAAACGUAGACUAUUGCCGUGGAUGGUGCAGUUAUUUCUUGGGCACCUGACGGCGUGUACGUUAUAUGAGUGUUAUAGAUUAUAACGUUGCAAUGAUGAGAAGACAUGGCAGGCGUAUGUUGAGUGAAGUGUUGAACUUUGGUAAUCAACCGUUCGGCAAAGCUCAAAAACAGCCGAGUAAGCAUGCCAACGUUGGCAUGUGGUUGGGAUCGCUGGAUCAGCGUUGGCUCAACGUUCAGCGAAUACUGCGAAGACUGCAACAAUAUAAUCUCAAUUACAAAUUCAUGGCAUUCCACAUAUUGUGGAAAUGGAAUAACACCGUAGUUAAGAAUGUGAUGACCCGAAUUUGAUUUCCAGCCACGGCUAGCAUCAGUGGCGAGUGAUUUCUGAACCGUCCCACCUCAACCAUCCGAACUCGCACUGCCCAUCGUGGUGAAGUAUGGUCUUGCAAAUAUUUUUGCUUUGGGGUCGUACUACUCGUUCGGCAAUUGCGAUGUUUCGAUCCACGUGCUGUUCGGUCAUGUCGAACAACACCGUACAAUAUUGGAGAGCCAUACAGGCUACAGCACAACCGCUAAUAACUUACGCAGAAGUCCAGUUGAACAACCACCAUUAUCGACAGAUCGUGUUUGGCGGCAGGCUGGUGGCACAGUGGGAUAACAUUGGUGCCUCAGCAAGAAACGCCUGGGUUCGGAUUUCUGACUGUGGAGUUCGUAAGUUCUCCCAUCUGUUCUGCAUGGGUUCCCUCCAAUAACUAAAAAUGAACAUGGCCAUUCAUCCCAUUGCUGAAAAUAUUACCCGCAAAUUACUGGAUUGGGAUUACGCAGCCACCUCGUGUCCUUACCAUGAAAACUAGAAGGAGCUUCCGAAAAAGAGUUGAAAACUGCGUGAGGAUUUUCAGAAAAAUUAAGCGUUAAAUAACUAAGAUCAUCCAUCCACCAGUGGAUUGGCCAAGGAGCGACUAAAUUGCGUGUUUUUUAACUAUUAUUCACUAUCAUGGGGAUUUUUAUAUAUAUCGCGGCAACCCUCGUGCAAAACGCGUGCGCAAUGGACGAAUGAGCGAGCGAGAGGUGAUGUCACUCAACCGGCCAGCGAGUGGUGCACACGGACGUUGUAUCUGUGAUGUCAGGACGUGCUAAUUAUUAUCGUGCAUACAACGCGUGCCGUUCAUGUAGUUUUGCUAUGAAGGUGUGUCGCGAGUUUCAAAACAGGAAGAGAAAAUAAAAAAAGACCAUUAAAACUUUUUUUUUGUAAGAAAAGAGUACAGUAUAGUAAUAAGAACAUAAAACGCGUACAGUCGCCUUUAACUUGCGGGCGGACCCGGAGGGAAAAGUCAAGUCUCGUACACGGCGCAUGUUUGUGAAGUAACUUUUUUCUAUGUAUGUGUACAAUUGCCGUUUACUGUUUUAUCUUUCACACUUUUAAAGUGUAAAUACUUGGCUUAUAUAAACGUUACAAGUUUUAAUGAAA